AUGAAAAAAAUGUCUAAGCUCAAAACAGAAAAAUGUGAUAAAAAGAAGAACUUUGUAGAAAUAUAUAUGAACCCUAAUGAUGUGGGGGCAAAAAAAGUUGAUUUUUCUUAUUACAUAAAUAUAGAAUCGACAAUUUUAGAGCUACUAUUAGAUAAUAAUUUAGAGUCUUAUAAAAAUGCAGGUAAAUUAUUAUUUAUUAUUUUAUCCGGAUUAUCUACAAGAGUUUUAUAUAUUAAAAGAAUCCUAAAUUUAAUACAUUUAUUUUUUUAUAAAGGUGGACAAAAAUUUUAUCAUAGCGAUUUACAUUUAAAUGUUUUACUAUUUUUACAAAGUAAUGUUAAAAUGUAUUAUUCUAAAUUCUCUAUAUAUAUUUAUAAUUUAUUAUUAUCAAAUAAUGAUUUAUAUCAAAUCGAAAUCAAUAAAAAUAAGUUUGUACCGAAACAUUAUAUAUCUACUUUAGUUGAUUAUCUAUAUUUUUAUAUAAACGAUUUUAUGGUUCUGGCUAGAAAAAUUAUAUAUGAUGAAGUGGGUGGGCAAAUAAAGGUAGACAAUAAAAAUUAUAUGACAAUGUUUAACAAACAGAAAGAGAAUAAAACUUAUAAAAACAAAAUAAAAAAUGAAAAAAAAAAAAAAGUUAUUUUACAUAAUGAAAAUGAUGAAGAAAUUAUGCAAAAUUUUUGGAAAAUAUUUAAAUAUUCAUUUCCUAAAUCAAUAGAAAAAAAAUUUAAAGAAUUAAUAUCUCAAUGUUCUCGAAUAAAUUAUCCAUUACAUAGUAUAUAUUUAGAUAUAUACAUUUUAAUUAAUAUAAAAAAUGUUAUAAAGGUUAUAAUAUUAAUAGAUCAAUUAUUAGCUUCUGAUUUUCCAUACUAUUAUUUUUAUGAAAUUAAAUUGAAACUUCUUUUAUUACAUGUGCAUAAAUAUUACAAAAAAACGACCCCCGAUGAUGAUUCAAUUUGGGUAGGAAUAAAUCAAGAUGGAAUGGAUGAUGACCUUAUUAUAUCGAAUAAAUCAAAUAUACCAAGUACCUUAAAAUAUGGAGAUAUCUCAAAAAAUAUUAAUAUUGAGAAUGAUGUGAAAAAUGAAAAUAAGGAAAAUACUGGUGAAUUGAAUGAUAUAAACAAUUUUGCAAAUGAUGAUAUAUAUUCAUUAUGUAGCAGUAGUAACAAAGAUUCAGAAAAAGAUGAUACUUUUAUGAAUCAAGAAUCAAAUACCCUUGAUUUUUAUAAUAAUUCUGCGGAUAAUAAAUAUAUUUAUUUAGACAAUUUCAUGAACCUAUAUGCAAAUUAUACAGAGAAUGAAAUAUCAAGCAUUCCAUCAAUUAGUGAUUUUCAAAAUAAUAACCUCCUUGAUAAACUGAAAACAAAAAGUAAACACAUUAAAAUGGAUUAUAGUACUUCAUCUUUAUUGGGGAAUUUGUUAAAAGAUGAAGUAAAAGAAAUAAAUGAGCAAGAAACAAAAACCGAUUGCAAAAUAAAAGAUGGAAAAGAUUCUCAUCAAAAUAAUACCUUUGAAAAAGAAGACUAUGAUAAUUUAUUUAGUAAAAAUAAGGAAAAAAAUAUUAACUGUAUAAAUAGUGAAAAUAUCCAAAAUAUUAACAAAAACACAUAUAAUGAUCUAGUAUACAAUAUAAAUGUAAUUGAAAAGGUUGCAAAAUCUUUACUUAUAAAAUCUUGUUAUGACACUAUAUAUUUAAAACUUUUUUAUUCGUAUUUAUUGCCAUUUAUGUCUUUUAAUAAAAGAAUUGAAAUAUUUUUAAUUUAUUCUCAUGCAAAUUAUAAGCUCAUCAAGCCUUUAGUAUUUAUAAUUUUUUACAACAAUUAUGGCCCUGAGUUUAUUCUUAACACUUUUAAUAUUAUAUUCAAAGAUCAAAACCUUUUUCAGAUGUACAAAAAUACUUAUUUUAAUGAACUUUCAUUAAAAAAUGUAACCAAAACCCAUUUUAUUUUUUUGUUUCUUCUUUCUGUAUUUUUUUACAACAACCCAAUGGAAUCCAUGCUCUACAUCUUUAAGUUAUUUCACAGGUAUGAUAAAGAAAUAAUCAAUGAUCAAGAAGGUGAUAUAGAUUACAAAAAAAUUUAUGAGGAUGUUAUUUUAGAGAACGAUGAAAAGUACAUAGAACAAAAAAAGAAUAUAAACAUAAUUAUUAUUAAAUUUAUUGAAAUAUAUCAAGAAAAAUUUAAUAUUUAUCUCUGUAAUUAUUUCGAUUUUUAUAGAAUUUAUUUUAUAUUGUUUGUUUCGUGUGGUGAUAUAAAUAAAAAAGCAUUAUGA